AUGAUCUCUGUGGGAGACAUAGCUUUCGUUAAUUAUGGCGAAGUUCCACCAUGUGUUCAUGCUCGCUUAGUUGGGGCCCAUGUUCAUAACGACGUGUUUGUGAUCGUGACGCCCGACUGGGAUAUCUACGAGGAGCAACUGUCCAGGGUUGGGUGCAGCGAUUCCUGCGCGGAUAAUCCCGCCCAUGUUUACACUUUCGGGGCUCUGACUGCCAUCGAGUACCAGCGUCUUAUGCAUCAGGCCAGUUUGUAUGCAGCUGGGCUUCGGGCAGGGCUAGGUCUGCCUGCUCAUCCUGGGGCGCCUGCGGCAGCUGCACCUGCCGCGCCCGUCCAAGCGGUUGCACCGGUCAACCCCACGGUGUGGGUUGCGCUGGAGUCGCGUGGAGGCACCAGGGCCGGAUCCGUGGUUGUGCAGGCGGGGCAGCCCUUGCCUGCUGGAGUAGUUCAACAAGGAGAUCGUGCGAUUCUGGACUUGGGUGGUGGACAACAGUUGUGCCUCAAGCAAAUCGAUGCCGGUCUUGUGGGCAGCAUGGAUGCCGAGGACUUGCGAGUGCUGCCUUUGAGAUUUGAUCCUCAGGGGCAGCGCCGGGCUGAGUUUGCUGACAUGGUGGCUCUCAUGAAGCAGGUCGACAUGCCUGGCGGUAAGCUUCAGCUAGAUGGUCCGCCGUCCGGCCUUGAGGUGAUGAAGUCCAUGGUGAUGCGAGGCCUCACCCCGGUCACCGACCAUGAGCAUUGGGUGCGAACCCAUGAGUUGGCCAAGGGCGACAGGAGCGUCUACGAGAUGGAGGUCAUCACGCGCGUUUUGGAGGCCAUGGCGACCGUGGACCAGCUCAAUCUUCCAAACCUCAAGGGGGCCGAGCUCUUGAUCAGGAGGUGGCAGCUCAUCCGCGAAGCCCACAGGAUUUCGCCCACAUCGCCGGACUACUCGGCGGCGGAUGUCUUCAUGGGCUGGGCGUACCGUCGCGGUGAUGGUGUGGAUCCUAGCCUCGCGAAGUAUGUCGCCGGCGAACUUCGGGAUCAGGCUUCCAUUGCGAAGGAGGCCCGCAAGGCCAAGGAGGAGAUGGAGCAGCGAAGAAAGACUGGCCGGCCAAACCCCAAAGGUGGAGGGGCGGCUGGCGGGGCGACUGAGUAUGUCCAGCCCUUGCGCUUCGACGGGCCGGGCGAGAUCUUCUUCCUUUGCCUCUUCUUCAGCCCGAGGGUAAUCUCUGCUCUCAACAACAUGGCGGGCUUCAAAUUUUCAUCGUGUGGGCCGCCUUCUCAGAACCAAGCCGUUCGUGAGCUUCUGCUUGAAUGUCCGUCGAGCCCUUAUGUUUCAGGGGGAGAUGGGACCGGAGGUGUAAAAGCUUACCAGAGAGAUCUCGUCUCGUUGCCGGAGUGUGGCGCCCAUCCUCUGGACGCCAGGGAGCUCAUCGACGAGAGGGGACGUGAAGUUCUAGAGAGGUUUGAGAGCGCUAUGUUUGUGGAGCAUCGGGUCAACGACGGGAGCCGCAGGAUAAAACCAUACAUGGACGAAGCCCUACGUACCUCUGCUCAGGCCUACAACCAGUUCAUCGUGGACAUCUACGAGAGAGGGAUGAUCACUUUCUCCCGGACUGCCAUCAGUGUAAUCACCCCAUUUUUCGUUGCCAAAAAGAAUGGUAGGUUGCGCUUGGUCUUGGAUUGCAGGGCCAGUAACCAGAUGUUUGCAGCUCCCCCCGACAUCGCCUUGGCAGCGGGUUACACCUUCGCACAGAUAGAGGUUCCUCAAGGUGAAGUUCUCUUUACUGCUCAGAGUGACGUUAAGGAUUACUUCCACAGCAUUGGCCUUCCUCCAGGACUUCGCCCGUACUUCGCUCUCCCGGCAGUGCAGGCGAAUGACUUGACAGGCCAUAUUCCGCUCCUUGAGGGUUUUCAGGGCAAGGUGUAUCCGUGCAUGUGUGUGGUGCCCAUGGGGUGGAGCUGGUCUAUGUGGGUGGCACAACGCAUUCACCAACACCAAGCUGCUAUCGCAUUGCAGUGUGGGCCUGACCAGGUUCUGGUGGAUGGGAGGCCGCCGCCAGACCUGGAAAAAGGCCAGCCAGUCUUGAUACCGUAUGCUGACAACAUGAACGUUUGUGGUAUUGAUGCAGUACGUGUCCAAUGGGCCAAGGAUUGUGUGGCCAAUCGUCUUAGAGAAGUGGGGUUCAGAGUCCAUGAAGAAGAAAACGCCAGCACUCGAGCACAGGCUCUGGGAUUCAUCAUCGACGGUGAGCGGGGCCAGGUGCAACCAAUCCCCGCUAGGCGGGACAAGGUCCGCUUGGCGUUACUCUGGCUAGCUGGGAUCGGCAUGUGUCGUGAAAUGUGGCGAUUCAAGUCAAAAGAUCCCCUCAAUCGUGCGAGGGAUGCUGCACUAUCGCUUGAUCCAUUCUCUGAUUUGCACACAGUUCGGGACGUAACUGGAAUGGAGCACGACCCCUUUCAGUUGAACCUGCAGUUUGAGCAUGUUCCCUCGGACGUUGCAUGCAACCCGGAGUGGAAGCAUCAGUUCGCGUGUCGUAUGCGGAUGAAGGAGCACAUCACCGUCCUUGAAGGUCGCGGCACCCUCCAGGCUAUUAGGCACAAGCUUAGAAGCAAGGGCAACUUCCAGAAGAGGCAUGUGCAUCUUGGUGACAAUUUAGGCAUGGUUCUUGCUUUUGAUAGAGGACGGGCUAAAGCUGUGCCUUUAUUGAUGUGCUGCCGAAGAGCGGCCGCUUUCUGCAUCGCAACGUGUUGCACCUUUACUCACCGUUGGGUGCCGUCAGAGUUCAAUGCCGGGGAUGCCGGUUCCAGGACGUGGGAGCGCGAAGCCCCGCAAGAAGCCGGCAAAGCGUUCACAGCGCGGAUCCGCGACGCCAUCAUCUACCCGAACACUGCCCAAGCCGAAAUCAAGGAAGCGGUCAACCAGUUCCUCGGGCGGGCAGUUGGCGAUCCUGAAGGCUUCGGUGGCACCCAGGAAGAUCAGAGGACCAGCGAGGAGUACCGUCACAAACUGGACUUGUUCAUCGCUUUCUGCAGUGCCCAGAAGUUGCCGCGGCAAAAGCCAGCCGACGUGGACUGGGCCUUGCUCCUCUUUGUAAACCAAGCUUUCCUGGAGGGCUGGGACGUCAGCGAGGGCGUCAAGGCAGUGGCGGCAGUGACGGACUACAGGCCGGAGUUGGGAGGCAAGCACGCGCUACCAAGGACACGCAGAGCCAUGCAAGGGUGGCGGAACCUGGACCCGGGUGUCACUCGCCCGCCCUUGGCUUGGCCGCUGAUCGCUCUCAUUGCGCUCCAGAUGGCCGAAGCGGGCAAGCUCUUCGAGUGCAUGGCAGUGCUUUUGAUGUUCGUGGCGUAUCUUCGCCCGGGAGAAGUGUUCGGUCUCCGUCGCAGGGACCUGGUCAAGAGUUUGCUCUUGGGCCGCACUUGGGCCAUCAAUCUGCACCCCUCCGAAGACAUGCAGGCUUCGAAGACAGAUGUGAACAACGAGUCGAUCAUGCUAGACAACAAGGAAAUUCCCUGGUUGGGUGCGGUAUUGGAAGGUGCCGGGGCAGUCCUCAAUGGACCGCUGCUGCCUACCAGCUACACGGAGGUCACCAACGCAUGGAAUCAAAGCCUGGCGAGCCUGAAGCUCAAGAAAGGUUUGGCAGUGCUGCACCAACUCAGGCACUCUGGGGCCACAUGGGACCGAUUCAAAGAUUACCGCACCGUCCUCGAUGUGAAGCUUCGGGGAAGGUGGGUUUCAGACUCCAGCUUGCGCCGGUACGAGCAGCACGCUCUGGUGGCCCAGGAGUUCGAGAAGCUUUCGGAGGCCUUGAAAACCAGAGCGCGAGCAGCCCCAAGUUUGCUCAAGUCCCUGCUGCUGGGUCGGUGUGGGCUCCGACACUGA